AGAGAAAGUAACUGGAAGGGGUUAGAGUGGGAACCCCCCCCCCCCCCCAGCUCCCCCUGUACAGUGGGGGAGAGAGAGAGAGAGAGAGAGAGAGAGAUUAUUGCUGCUGUCGGUGUGUGCCUGGCCUCUGGGAGGAUGAUAACUCUAGCUGUAGCAGCAUUAGCAGGACUCCUGGCUGUAGGCUUUGUGCUGAGCUCCAGCUUGCAGUGCCUGGCUGACGAUGUGUGCUUUCUGUUCCGAGCCAGUACAUUCGGCCUGAAGCUGCUGAAGGUUUACCUGAACAGGAGGGUACCCACUGUGCUGGAGCGCUUCAGCCAGCAGGUACAGACGAAACCACACAAAACCUUCCUGUUGUACCAGGGUGUACCUUUCACCUACCGGCAGGUGGAUGACCGCAGUAACCGGGUGGCCCAGGUGUUCCUGGGGCAACAACCGGGUUUGGCAGCGGGGGACACGGUGGCUCUGCUGAUGAGUAACGAGCCUGACUUUGUGUGUGUGUGGUUCGGCUUGUCCAAGCUGGGCUGUGCUGUGGCUUUCCUGAACACCAACCUCCGCACCCGCUCCCUCUUACACUGCCUGCGCAGCUCCGGAGCUAACACCCUGGUUGUGGGGGAAGAUCUAGUUGAUGUUGUGAGGGACAUUCUGACCAAUAUCCAGGAGAAUAACAUAUCUGUCUGGGUUAUGGGGAAAACAUGUACUCUCCAUGGAGUGAAUACUCUCGCAGAUAAAGUGGAAGAAGCACCAGACAGCCCUGUGCCAGAUACAUGGAAAUCAACAGUCAAUCUAAAAUCUACUUUUCUGUACAUAUUCACUUCAGGGACAACAGGGUUACCAAAGGCUGCUGUAAUCACCCAGCUCCAAUCCUUGAGGGCUAGUGCUGGCUUUUCGGUCUUUGGAUUCACUGAGGAUGACAUCAUCUAUGUUCCACUUCCUUUAUAUCAUGGUGCAGCUUCUCUUUUAGGUAUCUGUGGCUGCAUUGAGCUUGGUGCAACAUUGGUGCUGAAGAAGAAAUUCUCAGCUAGCCAGUUCUGGAAUGACUGUCGAGAGUACAAUGUUACAGUAUUUCAAUAUAUAGGAGAGCUCUGCCGCUACCUGUGCAAUCAGCCAAAGGUAGAAGGAGAGAAGAAUCACCAGGUCCGAAUGGCUGUAGGAAAUGGGAUAAGGACGGAGGUCUGGAAAGAAUUUCUUGAGCGAUUUGGUGACAUUAAGAUGUGCGAGUUUUAUGGUGCAACAGAAGGAAAUAUUUUCUUUAUGAAUUACACAGGGAAGUUGGGAGCUGUGGGACGGACAAACUUCUUAUAUAAAGCAUUUCUGUCAUAUAAACUGGUGAAAUAUGAUGCUCAGAAGGAAACACCCAUAAGAAAUGAACAAGGGUGGUGUGAAAAGGUCAGCAAAGGGGAGACUGGACUCCUCAUUUCUCCAGUGACUAAAUGGAACCCAUUCAGUGGUUACGCUGGAAACAAGAAAUUCUCACAGCAGAAGCUGUUGGAAGACGUAUUUAAAAAAGGGGAUCUGUAUUUCAACACCGGGGAUCUCAUGUCUGAGAGUCAGGACGGCUACGUUUACUUCCGUGAUCGGAUUGGGGAUACCUUUAGGUGGAAGGGGGAAAACGUUGCGACCACAGAGGUGGCCGAAAUGAUGGGAAUGUUGGACAUUGUAGAAGAAGCUAAUGUCUAUGGAGUAGCUGUCCAAGGGUAUGAAGGCAGGAUAGGAAUGGCAGCUGUCAUCCUGAAACAAGGUCAAGAGUUUGAUGGUAAAAAGGUAUACAAUCAUGUUGUGAAACAUCUACCAAGCUAUGCUUACCCACGCUUCCUAAGAAUCCAGGAAUCCAUGGAGAUGACUGGAACCUUCAAGAGAAAAAAAAUUAGCUUGGUACAAGAAGCAUUUAAUCCCAGGAUCAUAACUGAGCCAUUGUAUUUCCUGGAUGCUGUUGAGAAAUCUUACAUUUUAAUGACGGAGCAAAUCUAUGACCAGAUUUUGUCAUUUAAGAUAAAAUUGUGAGCCAUAUUUGUAAUUUGGGCAUUUAUUAUAUAUACUUGGGAACUCUUCAUGACCACUUCCUCGGCAAAUAAUUUUGUAGUAUUAAUAUUAACAGCAGCUGUGAUUUAUUAACACAUUCUAUCUGAAGAUAUAUUAUUUGCAGAAAAUAUUUUUAACGUGUCUUGUAAAUAAUUUUAAUUUCUAUCUCUUAACAAUAAUGUUAUUGAUGUAUAUAAACACAUCUUAGAAGUGACUUGAUUUUCUAAACUGUUAAAAAGCCUGUAAUUGUAUUUUUCACUAAAGUAUAUAAAAAUGGUCUUACUCUAA